AUGAGAUUGAUUGAAUGGAGAAGUAAAAAAUUAAGAACCAAGAAUAUUAUUAAUAUUAAUAAUAUUCAUGAUAACAUUAAUAAUAACAUUAAUGAUAACAUUAAUGAUAAUAAUAAUAAUAAUAAUAAUAAUAAUAAUAAUAAGAGUGAGAAUAAAAAUAGUAAUAUGGAAUAUAAUAUUAAAUUUGAUAAUAAUAAUAAAUAUUAUUUAAGGAAAUAUCCAUUUUUCACUAUAAAUUAUCUCCUACCCCAAUCGUAUUACAUGAAUUAUUCAUCCCCAUUUCUCUUAUAA